UAGACUAUAAAGGUGGAAAUAUAGUGGGUAAAUCUCAUGACUCUGCUAAAUGUGCUAGUAGUGCAUUUGUUUUCAUGAAUCAAAGUUUGGAUUCACAGUACAAAGAUGUAUGCCACAUUCUUCCAGUUAAAUGCAUUCAGGCUAAUGUUCUUUUUGCAUUAAUAAGAGAUAUUAUUGUAAAACUAGAAUCACUUGGAUUUGAUGUUUUAGGUGUUGUUGCAGAUAAUAAUGCAAUUAAUAUAAAAGCAAUUUCUUUAUUUAGCAACCGUCCAGAUUUUAAGAUUAAAUGUGAUCAUCCAGUUCAAAAUCCAAAUGAAAGAUCAUUAUAUUAUUUAUGUGAUACAGUGCACCUGUAAUUAAAGUGUAUUAGAAAUAAUUGGUUCAAUAAAACAGAUGAAGCUCUGAACUUUCCAGAUUUCAGUGAAGAGUUGAAGGGAGGCAUUGCAUCUGUUAAAGCUUUAAAGAUGCUUCAUCUGUUAGAAAAAGACCAAUUAUUAAAAUAUGGUAGUGUUUUGUCACUAAAGUGCCUCUAUCCUACUUCUAUUGAAAGGCAGAAUGUGAAGUUGGCUAUUCAAAUAUUUAAUAAUAAUACAUCUGUAGCUUUGAGACAUAUGGGACCAAAAAACAGUAUUGAAGAAUGGGAAUCAACUGCCAUAUUUAUUGAAAUAAUAUAUCAGUGGUGGUGAAUGUGAAGACAUUUCUUAAAGGUCAGAGGCUAAGAAGUCCAUUACAAUAA